CGGGUUGACAGGUAUUGAGUUGCGUGUGCAGCGGAGCGCUGCGGCUUCAGUUUAGCGCAUAAACUUGAGAGUUUUUCGUCUGUGUGUCUCUGACAUGAAAACCGCGUGACGCUUCAGACUGAGCGCGAGACCUUCAGGACAACCACCUGCGUUGGAGUGUCAGAGGCUCCUCAUUGGCUGAGAACCAGCUGGAGGCGGGGUCAGAGUGACAGGGCCGUGUAGUGGGAGGACUUCCUCUGAGCAGAGGACAAGAUGGUGCUGACUUCCUGCUCCACCCCCUGCAGCGACGCCCGACUCUGGUGCCUCCUGCUGAUCCUGACACCUCUUUCAACAGUUCGGGGGGGGGACCAGACAGAGCCGUGCGCAGGCCGGGACUGCUCCACCUGUCAGUGUUUCCCAGCCAAAGGAGCGAGGGGUCCUCCAGGUCCUCUGGGGCGGCAGGGUCCUCAGGGGCCCCCAGGCUUUCCGGGGCCCCAGGGGCCUCCAGGAGAGAAAGGCCAGAGAGGAGACGAAGGACCAACCGGAGCCGCAGGACCAAAAGGAGACUUGGGAAGUGUCGGUGUUCCUGGUUUUCCGGGUUUAGAAGGAGUCCCGGGUCACCCAGGUCCUGCAGGAGGGCCUGGUUUUCCAGGUCUGGAUGGAUGUAAUGGAACCAGAGGAGAGAGAGGAGAACCUGGACUUCCUGGAGAAUAUGGACCUGAUGGAGAACAGGGUUUUCCAGGACUGAAGGGAUUUCCAGGAGAUCCAGCAAUGUACUUCAUACAGUACCCCGGAGUACCUGGAGAAGCUGGGCUGAGUGGACUUCCUGGUCUGCAGGGUGAACAGGGUCUCCCUGGUCAGACAGGAGAUCCGGGUCCUGCAGGACUGGACGGAACCAACGGUCUCCCUGGUCUCCCUGGUUCCAGGGGUCCACCUGGAGAAAAAGGUCGAUCUCUGGCUGGACAGAAAGGAGACGAGGGGGACCAGGGCCUCCAAGGGCCUCCGGGACCAUUUGAGUACGUCGACCCUCCAGAAGACCUGUACAUCAAAGGAGACCAGGGUCCUCAAGGUGUUAAAGGCGUCUGUGGAGUUCAGGGACUGCCGGGUUUGGACACUCUCCCAGGGAUCAAAGGAGAGAAGGGGAUUGUGGGAUUUCCUGGACCCAGGGGGUUUUCUGGUAACACUGGGCUGCCUGGAGACAAAGGAUUCAAGGGGAUUCGAGGAAGUCCAGGUCUCCCAGGUCUGAUUGGACGAGAGGGCCCUAAGGGCAUGAUGGGAGAUCCAGGUCCUAAAGGCCUCCCGCAGGACGCAGACAUCACACACACAGGUGAUGUUGGAGACCCUGGGGCCCCCGGAUUGAGUGGCCCUCCUGGAGACAUGGGGCUUAUGGGCAUGCAUGGCCCCCAGGGAGCCCCCGGCAGAUCCAUACCCGGACCUGUUGGUGUUUUGGGACAAAGGGGAGUUCCAGGAUCGAAAGGAGACAAAGGAGAUCCAGGUCAGGUGUUUAAAGAUAGACCCACACCUGGAGAACCUGGAAAACCAGGACAACCUGGACCCAGAGGACUGAAAGGAGAACCAGGGAGUCCAGGUACAUACUGUCGUCCUGGAACUCCGGGAGAGUCUGGACAGCCAGGUCUACAGGGGCCCCCAGGGGCCCAGGGCUUCCCAGGGUUUAAAGGUGGUUCUGGUGACUGUUCCUGUGGCCCCCCAGUUACACUGAGGGGUACCCCCGGCCCUGAGGGUGACCUGGGGGUUCCAGGGUUUCAAGGAGUCCCAGGGGCCCCGGGGCUGAGAGGAGAGAAAGGUUCAUUUGGAGACCCGGGAGUGCGGGGACAGCAGGGUCUGGGUGGAUUUCCAGGAGUCAAAGGGUUCAAAGGUCAGAAGGGAGAUUUCAUAGUGGUGGAUAUUAAAGGUGAGAAAGGAAACAGGGGUCAGCAGGGCCCCUCGGGCAGACAAGGAUUGUCGGGAAGAAAAGGAGUCGAAGGGCCCCCGGGGUCCCCUGGAAACCCCGGCAGCCAGGGUGACAGUUUCCCCAGCUCACCUGGAGAACGAGGCCCCCCAGGACUCUCAGGACCAAAGGGAUUAUCAGGACUGUCAGGCCCCAUGGGGCCAGGUGUAGUAGGAGCAGUAGGACAGCGUGGGUCUCCUGGGGACCCAGGAUCUCCAGGACUCCCUGGGCCCCCAGGGCUGAAGGGGGUCAGAGGUGACACCCUUCCCUGUGCGCCCAGAAACGCUGGCGCCCCUGGAGAGAAGGGGGACAAUGGAAAUACAGGAUACACAGGACUCCCGGGUCCUCCAGGGUUCCGUGGUAUCACUGGACCUGAUGGAGCUAAAGGAGACAAAGGACAUCCUGGACUUCCUGGACCACCUGGACAACAAGGACCUCCAGGUGUUGUUGGAGAUACUGGAGAAGAAGGACUUGAAGGCUUCAGUUAUGGUGGAGAUCCAGGCUCUCCAGGGCUCCCAGGCUCUUCUGGACUGAGGGGCCCAGCUGGAGACUCUGAUGUCGGCCCAUCAGGACCCGUCGGCUUCCCGGGUCCACAGGGCUCUCAGGGACCUAAAGGAGUCCCUGGGCCCCCCGGCAAUGAUGGACUACAAGGUAUCCUGGGUCUGUCUGGGAGCCCUGGAGCAAAGGGCCAGGGAGGACAGGAUGGGGCCCCAGGUAUAACUGGCCCCAUGGGGCCCAUACCUGACCUCUGUGAUGCAGGAAAACCUGGUUCCAGGGGGCUGUUUGGCCCUCAGGGACCGAUUGGUCCUCCAGGCUUUUUGGGGGAGAAAGGUGAGAUUGGGGAGGAGGGUCCUCCAGGUUUUGGCCCUCAAGGGCCUCAAGGUAAACCAGGCUAUCCAGGCUUACCAGGGUACCCAGGGCCCCAGGGCCCCUCUGGCCCCAAUGGAGACUCAGGACUGCCAGGGCCUGAUGGUCUGAAAGGUCUGAUGGGGCCCCAGGGCCAGGCCGGAGGGCCAGGGGCCCCCGGGCAACCCGGGGCCCCUGGAGCAUCAGGGAGGAGGGGUGCAAGAGGGCUCAGCGGACAAGACGGAGCUCCAGGAUGUGAAGGCCCGAAAGGAGAGAAAGGCUGUAAAGGGACCCCGGGGCCUCCAGGAGAUACCAUAUGUGUCCCCGUCAAGGGAGAUAAAGGAAAACAAGGACCCCCCGGCCUCAACGGCUUUCCUGGACCACGAGGAAGUAAAGGAGCACGAGGAGCUACUGGUAAGCCAGGGUAUCCGGGCAUCAACGGACCCCCUGGCAUCGUAGGUCUCCCAGGACCCCCAGGGCCCUGCGGCAAAACGGGACCUCCAGGACCACCUGGCCGUAAGGGACCUCCAGGAUUCAUCGGCUUCCCCGGAGAUACUGGAGAUCCAGGUGACACAGGAUGUCCGGGGCUCCCUGGAAAGCCCGGUAGCCUAGGAUGUGCAGGACCCAAAGGUGAUAAAGGAGACUCUGUCAGUUGUUCCGGUCCACCUGGAGACAAGGGGCCUCCCGGAGACUUUGGGCCCUCAGGACCUACUGGACCUCGAGGGGAUCCUGGAGGACUUGGUUUCAUUGGGGGUCCAGGACAGAAAGGAUGCAAAGGAGAUGCGGGCCAUCAGGGGGACCCUGGUCAACCAGGUGUGGUCGGCCCCUCGGGUCCCAGAGGCCGUUCAGGUCUUCCAGGUCUUCCUGGUAAAGCGGGGGCUGAUGGUCCUCCUGGACCACAGGGCUGCACAGGACUUCAAGGUCCUCCUGGACCACUGGGCCUUCACGGAUUGGACGGACUGAAAGGAGUGAAGGGGGACAUGGGAACCAGAGGUCUGGGUACGCCGGGGGAACCAGGGUCUAAAGGUCUUCCAGGAGAUAAGGGCCCUCCAGGUCCUCCAGGGCCCUGUGGCUCAUCCCAGCCUGGCCCACCAGGACCCAAAGGCCCCCCCGGACCCAAAGGCCCUACAGGUGGUUCUGGUCCUCCAGGUAAACCUGGACCAGACUGUAAAGGCCAAGUUCCAGGGCCUAACGGAGAUCCUGGUUGUCUGGGACCAGACGGAGAGCCAGGGUGUCCUGGUGACAUUGGGGAUCCAGGUCGGAACCCUCCAGUACUAGGAGAUGAUGGGGACAAUGGGGACACAGGGUGCCCGGGGCCAGGUGGCCCAAAGGGACCUCCAGGGCCCAAAGGACUGUGUGGCCUCCCUGGAAAUCCUGGAUUGAAAGGUAUUCGGGGGUCACCAGGUCUGAUGGGACUACCUGGUAAUCGGGGUCCUAUAGGUUGCACCGGUCCAGGUGGGCCUCCAGGACCAAAGGGAUUUGCUGGACCAGUGGGUCCAAAGGGUGAGAAAGGACGAGUCUCCCCCUGCCCCACUUAUCCCCCGCCCCAAGAGGGCCCUGGAGGAUGCCCUGGCCUCCAAGGGCCAGCUGGAGGUGCUGGCCUCCAGGGAGAAAUCGGCCGUAGAGGACCCAAAGGCAAGAAGGGUGCCAAGGGGUGUGAGGGGUCAAUAGGAACUGAGGGGCCCCGAGGUCCAGAUGGAGACCGAGGAAAGCCAGGCCCACAGGGUGAGAGAGGAGCAGUGGGUGCCAAAGGUGAUCCGGGUCGAGUCGGUGACCCUGGUCCCCCGGGACAAGGCAGACACUUGAACUCUGGCUUCCUGUUGGUGAUGCACAGCCAAUCAAAGACGGUGCCUUCCUGUCCACCGAACAUGAGGGUCCUGUGGGACGGAUACAGUCUGCUGUACCUGGAGGGUCAGGAGAAGGCUCACACUCAGGAUCUGGGUCAGGCGGGGUCAUGUAUGCAAGUCUUUUCCACAAUGCCGUUCUCCUCCUGUAACAUGGGAACUUGCUCUUACGCCAGUCGUAACGAUAAAUCCUAUUGGUUGUCGACAACGGCGGCAGUCCCCAGCAUUCCGGUGGGCGGAGCCGCCAUCGCAGACCACAUCAGCCGCUGCGUGGUGUGUGAGGCCCCCUCCUCACCUGUCGCACUGCACAGCCAGACCUCUUACCAGCCAGACUGCCCCCCCCGCUGGAGGAGCCUGUGGACCGGAUACUCCUUCCUCAUGCAUACAGGUGCAGGUGAUGAGGGUGGCGGGCAGUCUCUGACAUCAUCAGGUAGCUGUCUGACAGACUUCAGGGCCCAGCCCUUCGUGGAGUGUCAGGGGCCUCGAGGAACCUGCCACUACUUCGCCAACAUCUACAGUUUCUGGCUGACCAGAGUGGAGACAACCGCCUCCACCUCCAACGGCUCCCCCACCACGCUGACCGAGGGUUGGCAGCAGAGGGAGAACAUCGGGAGGUGCAACGUUUGCAUGAGGGAGUGAGGGGGAGCGCCACUUCCUCCUCCUGCGCGAGGGAGAGCGGAGACAUUCCACUUCCUCCUCUUGCAGAGUCUGAGAGGACGGAGAAGACGAGAAUCGUUUGUCUCUGUGAGGAGAGACUGUCAUGUUAAAGAUAACGCUGCCGAUCAAUCAAUCAAUCAAUCAAAUAAUCAAACAGGUUUAUUUUGUCUUCUCGCCCAACGUCACAUGACACAGAUGUUUGAACUGGGGUUGUCUGAUGUUUUUGUUCCAGGUGUUACCGCAGGUACACGUUUAGAUUUUAAUAUUAGCAUAGCCUCCAACAGACAGACACUUUGGAUUUAUGUGUGGGGGGGUGUGUGGUGACGUUAGCCUCACCUGCUCUGGCCAGCAUGUGGGUCAUUUCUCACCUCCAGCCGUAACAUCCACAUUCUCAGCUGAUCCUCCCGUCCACAGCGACGUCCUCCUAUUUCAAAGUGGAAGUGAAGCGAAGUUUUUCUGCUGGAGGAGCUGAUCUGAUAGAUGCUAACAUGCUAACGCUAACAUACGUAUUUGGGAACCGAUAUUAUGAUAGAAAUGGUUAAAGCCGCCAGGAGAGCGGGAGCCUGUUAAUUACUGUUGAAGGUUAUUCUGGAUGGACAUCAGAGAUAUUGAUCACCUCAGGAAGUGAAGUCAAUGGCAGUAUUUUAUUCGCAGCCUGCUCCUGUGACGCUAAUCCUUCCUGAAUGGAGGUUUAGAAUAAAUAAGCAUCGCUAAUCCAUUUCAUGUUUUAAAUCAUAAAACAAAUUCAGAGGGUAAAGUGACGUCUCAGAGAUGAUGCAGUGAAAUCUGUUUGAAUCGGAGCCGGUGGACUGCAGCUUCACACCCAGCAAACACUGUGGUGAAACAUUCUGAUGGAAACUAUACACAAGAUCUAUGACACGUCACUGUGAUUGUAUGAAGCUGUGGCUCAAGCUGAAACAUCUUCAACUCGCAUCCAAACGUCUUUGCCUCAGAUCACAUCACCACGGAGGAAUUCACGUGUUAUUCCACUUAUUUCAUAUGCAAUCCCACCAAACUGACACCAGCAAACAGUUUAUUUUACCUCCGUGAAUCCAGUUAGUGUUGAAUUUAAAGUUUUAAACAUUUGAAACUCGUUUAAUUGCUUUAUACAGAAUUAACGGUUGAUGAUUCGUCUCGCUAGAAGUGUCUCAUUAACUCUGAAGUUCUUUCGCCGCUUUCAGCUCCUAAAUUUGUUCGUUUCUCUUUUCAAGCUGUGGAAAGCCUCUUAUCGCGACCCGAGGCAGUUAGAGACCGGCUGCUGAACAUAGAGCAGCAUUUAGCAGCUAAAGAGCAGAGCUGGAGGAGAACAAACACAGAGCUAAAAGAGAGAGAAUACCGGACUGACGUUCAUCAGGCGACACAAACACGAAUCAUCGUGUUGUUCUGUAGCUGCUGCAGCUCUGUGAUCACUGAGGUGAUAACAUGUCAGAUAUUGAGUUUAAAGACUGAUCUGCUGAAAACAAAUAAAGACAAAAACUGAAAUCAACCAAUCACGUCUGAUCAGAAAACAAACAGAAAAUCAUUUGGGUUGUUUUUGUCACAGUCACGAUGUUGUAUUUUCAGCUGUUCAGCUGUGAGUCACAGGUCUGACAUGUUGGCAUGUGGAAAUAUCAAGGAUCAAUAAUAGAACCCUGAGGAACCCCGUUAGUAAUUAUUAAUGUUGUUGAAGGAAAGAUCGUGUUGUUCUCUGUCAGCUGGUUUGAUCAAUGAGAAGUCUGUCAAACUGUUGGGGAGUCACUCUGCCCCCCAGUGAACAAAGCUGGUUAAUGCAGCACCAGGACCUGUCGUUGUUUUUAAAGUAAAUUUUUAUUUGAUUUUUGAAUAAUCCAGUUUGUUGAUUAUCUUUCAGAUUCUCAUUGUGAAAUAUAAUCAUCGUUAUUGAUCGUAACUCUUCAUCGAACACUGACUCUAGUGGUCUGAUAAUCAUUUCCUCUGAACAUCAGUCAGCCCCAGUUUGAACUGACGUGACGUUUUUAUCCGUGUGCUGAAUUUAACAGAAAAACACACCUUUCAUAUUUACUAUUAUCACCGCUGUCAGGUGAAAACCUCAUAUCUCCAGAUGUCAGCCUUUCAUUAGCAGGACUUUUAGUUCAUAAUGUGCAUCAUCAGUCAGCUGACUGCAAAGAAUUAAAAUAGAAGUUACAAGGUUUUCCCGCCACAGCAACGUUAUCGAAGAGCCGGUGUCACAUGCUGUAACGUCACAUCCUGUGAUGGAGCAGCUGAUUGGCUGACGUGAUGUUCUGUCCUCAUCAAAGAGAAUGACGACGAACACCUGAGUGGACUUUAGCCCCGCCUCUAGCCCCACCCCACCAGCACUGAAAAUGCAUUCUGAUUGGUCAGCUGAGAGACGGUGACUGUAUUUUAAUUGGUCAGCUGAGAGGCGGUGACUGCAUGUCAUUGGUCGGUCAGUAUUUUGUUGAUAAGUAGGGAACAGACGUGUGAGAAGCUGUGAAUAUAUUUGACAUUAAAUCUUUUUCUUUCAGAUCAGACGUGUUCGGAGCUCCUCCCUCAGCUCACCUGAUUUAAUGUUCUUUAUUCAUGUUCAAGGACAGCAGCAAGUCCUUUCACACAGAACAGACGAGUAGUGACCAUCUGUCCUGUUACUCUGCGUCAAACAUCUAAACAGGAUGAGCUGCAGCACAGAACCAGAACCAGACUGGACCAGGACCAGGACCAAGACAGUCAGAGCCAGAAGCUGAUGUCGUGUUUUAUCUUCCUAUUCAGUUUAAUCAGAGUCGCCACUGAGUCUUUGUGUUAUAAAUAAAGUUCAUUUGAAUAUUUCUGUCUGAUAGUUUCAAGUUAGUUUGCUAUAAAAACUUUAAAAUGUUUCGAUAUUUACAACAUUGACAGAAAAACUGCAGAAAACUUUUACUUUAGAAAACCAGUGACUUCCUGUUCGCUUUCUGUCCUUUCGGAGAAACAUCCUGCAGGAUCUUCAGUGGAGUUUUUGUUUUUGUGGUUUUUGUUUUCCUUCAGUUCAGUUUUUCUUUCUGGACCUGUCUGAGUUUCUAAUCCUGGUCCUGGCCCUGGUCCUGUACUUUCUCUCUGAUUUGUAAAUAUGUUUGGACUCGACCGUUUUAUAUUUUUACUGUAAAUGUCAUCAGAGUAUUUAUUUAGCUUGAAAUUAAUGUUGGUGCUAUUUGAUGUUUCAUUUGUUCAUUUUUAUUUUAUUUUGGUAAAUGACUACGCGGUGAAGCCCCGCCCCCUCACAUCCCUUCUACUGCAGGACAACUUAAAAUUAUGACUGAUGGAAACCCUGAGCUUUAUUUUCACUUUGUUCUAAAUCAUCUGAGAAUAUAGCAGGAUAGAACUAAAGUAAAAACACGACCAUGUCAGAGGGUCAUUACGCCGCCCCCCUCGACCGACACGCCGUGUGAUGUCAUAGCUGUGUGAGCUCAUAAAUGGUGAUGUCAUGGAAGCUCUAUUGCUUGCGUCAGAAUUUACUCACAGAUUAAACAUGUUUACAUCAUUGCUUCCAGAUUGAACAAAGCUCUCGGGCUGUUGAUGGAGGACGCCUGAAGACCAAACUCUGGGUUUAGUUUCAGCUCAGCAGCUGAUUUGAUCGACCAAAAACAUAGAAACAGGUGUAGUCAGUGGGUGGGGCUUCAUCAUUACCUGAGGAGGAGGGGGAGUGUCACUGUCAUCACUGUGUUUUCAUUGUAUUUAAAUCUGUCUGUGAUAUUUUAAUCUCUGUAGGAGGAAACUUCUGACUAACACCUGAAACAUUUUAUUCUCUAUGAAAGGAGGACUUCAAUAAAUCGCAUCAAAGUU